AUGUCUUUCUUGGGCGGCGCAGACUGUUCAGUAGGUGGCAACGCAGUGGCACAGCUUAACAAACACUCUCAGCAGGAUCGCUCCCUCCAGCGUCAGACAAAUCAGCCGGGCCAGAUCAUUAACCAAGGGUUCAAAAAUGACAAAAUGAUGAAUCAGCGAGACAUGGACCAGUUCAUGAACGGCAACUCGCAGACGCCGUUCUCGUUCCAGCCCAUGCGCCAUGAGCUCAACAGAAUUCAUCAAGGUCUGCCCCUGCAGCAAAACUGGCUGGCGGACUUCAAAUCCCAUUCUCAGACCCACUCGCCGGUUCCGCAGGCCGUGCCCAUGGCGCAGGCUCAAAAACUGCAGUGGGCAUCCGAGUUCCAGACACUGUCGCCGGUGCUGCAUGGCUCCGUACAGCAACAACAGCAGCCACAAUCUAGAAUGCAGAUGCCCAUGAUGGGUUACAGGCCCAUGAUGGGAAUGCUGAUGAACCAGAUGCCGAUGAAUUCCAUGAACACCGCUAGUGCUAACGUUCAGCAGCAGAAGAACACACAGGACUCCACUGUAGACUGGGAUAAUCGGUUCAAGGAAAUUGAGGAGCUCUCCACCGAAGCCAAGGAAGCCGAGUUGGAGGCCGAAGAAAUUAAGGAAUCUGAGCUCGACGAUAUCAUCGUCGACGACAAGUACCAGGCCACAUUCCAGGAAGUGUGGGACCUGUUGAACCUGGAUGCCAUCGAAAAUGACUUCAUCAGCCAGCAGUACGAGGAAUUCAAAAGCACCCAAGGUGAUCCGUUCCCUGCCAAUAUGCAACAGUGGGAGAAGGAUUUUGCCAAAUAUGCCUCUACGAGAGCUCAUUUCGGUGACUACAAGUUUGAGAACGAAGAGACAAACCAGUUCUUGGAUUUGCCUGCUGAUCAGGAUCCAUAUCAAAUUGGCUUACAAUUGAUGGAGAACGGUGCCAAGUUGUCCGAGGCUGCAUUGGCAUUCGAAGCCGCCAUUAACAAAAAUGCACAGCAUGUGGACGCCUGGCUCAAGUUGGGCGAAGUGCAGACGCAGAAUGAAAAAGAAAUUGCUGGAAUUACUGCUUUGGAGAAGUGCUUGGAGUUGAACCCAGAGAACUCUGAGGCUUUGAUGACCUUGGCCAUUUCCUAUAUUAACGAGGGCUAUGAUAAUGCUGCUUUCGCCACUUUGGAGCGCUGGAUCUCUACAAAGUACCCUCAGGUCGCCGAUAAGGCCAGACAAGAGAAUCCCGAGAUCACUGACGAAGAUCGUUUCACUCUACACAAGCGCGUGACUGAGUUGUUCAUCAAGGCCGCACAAUUGUCGCCCAGCCAUGCUAACAUGGAUCCCGACGUGCAAAUGGGACUUGGUGUGUUGUUCUACGCAAACGAGGACUUCGAUAAGACCAUUGACUGCUUCAAGGCAGCAUUGUCUAUCAAGCCUAACGAUCCUGUUUUGUGGAACCGUCUCGGAGCUUCGUUGGCUAAUCUGAACAGAUCUGAGGAGGCAGUUACUGCUUACUUCAAGGCAUUGGAACUUAAGCCUACUUUUGUACGUGCCCGUUACAACUUGGGAGUAUCUUGCAUCAACAUUGGGUGUUACAAAGAGGCUGCAGAGCAUUUGCUCAGUGGAUUGGCAAUGCACCAAGUCGAGGGUCAGGAAUCCACUUUGAACCACAACCAGUCGUCUUCUCUUAUGGAGACGUUGAAGAGAUCGUUUAUCGCCAUGGAUAGAAGAGAUUUGCUUGAGUUGGUUAAGCCAGGCAUGGACUUGGAACAAUUCCGCAGUGAGUUUACAUUCUAG